AUGACGUCAGCAGCAACUGAUCGUUUUGUCGAUAAAGCUUUUUCAAAGCUUCAACAAGCCAAUAGCAGCCCAAUAUUUGGUUACGAAGACUCACCACUUCAGACUUUAGAAGAAUCUGUGAAAGAAUUGGUUCCAUUUGUUUCUAAUAUUACUGAUUACGUGGCUACUGCUAAGAAUGAAUGCAAACGACAUUCAUUCCUGUUAACAUUGGAUGAGUCAGCAGCGAUUCUUCUCUAUACAAUGCCGAAACCUUUCUUUUCCCUUCUGAAUGAAAGUCUUCGAGCCGAAAAUCGGGAUGCCCUUAAACCAUGGUUUCCCUUCUUGAAACUUUUCAUGACUGCCCUCCGGAAAUUGCCGUCAACCGACAAGACGAUUUGGCGUGGUGUUGGUGGAAACGUUAGUAUGGUGUUCAGAGAUGGUGAUGUGCAUAUUUGGUGGAGCGUCAAUUCUUGUUCGACCGAUCUCAGAGUGGUCAAACAAUAUUUAGAUGACAUGGGAACGCUGUUUGCUAUUGAUCCAGUUCAUGGAAAAGAUAUAUCGGAGUUUUCAUAUUUUCCAGAAGAGCAUGAGGUCAUUCUUAUGCCUGGCACUCAUGUUAGGGUUAAAACUGCAUUAGACAAUUCUGAGAACCGUUUCGCUAUUAUUCAACUGGAAGAAGAAGUAUCGCGAAGUGAGCUCCCUGAUACAUCAGCAGAUCUAUUUAAAUCGAUAAAACAAAUGUACCAACGGAGUUGUCAUAUCGAAAGUUUGAUCAAUCCAGCAAUAUCAUUUCCAAUUGACGAGUGCUAUAUCAAUUUAACUAUUGUUGAAACAAAACAGCAGCGCGAAAAAGAAAAUCUACUGAAUAGUGAUCAAUACAAUGAAACCAUACUCGAAACUUUUGAAGAGAUUUAUGGUGCAAAGAGUUUAAUAGAUGUUAAGAAUAUUUUUGACACGUGCAAAAGAUCAGAAAAGCAAAUACUCGUGUUUGGACGAGCUGGUAUCGGAAAAUCUACAUUUUGUCGAUAUAUUGCUUACCAAUGGGCAACCAAUAUGUUUUGGCUUCAAUACGAAAUAGUAAUUUUAAUACCGUUACGUCGUUUAACAAUCAGUCGCUAUCCUACGUUAGCGUCUGGUCAAAAUUAUUCUCUUAUUGACCUCAUCAAAAAAGAGGUUUUUUUUGACAAAUUAUCUGAAGCAGAGGAGAACUGUCUAAGACACCACCUGCGCCUAAACACAAGUAAAGUUCUUUGGAUUUUGGAUGGAUAUGAUGAAGUUGUACAAAAUGUUCCGUCACAUUUACAAUACUUAGUGGAGCAAUUAUUAAGUACUACACAUCAUAUUGUAACAUCACGUCCCUACCUCAAUACUCUCUCAUAUGAUGUACAAAUGGAAAUAACAGGUUUUACUGAUGAAAACAUCAUGGGAUAUAUCCAACAAUUUUUCAGUCAAAUGAAAGAUGAUUUAGGAGAUAUGACUGAUAAAGUGGAAACACUACGUAAUCUGUUAGAAUCAAAUCGAAGCGUUCGGGGUGUUGCACAUAUUCCAGUGAAUUUGGAACUAAUUUGUAGUGUAUGGAGCGGUAAAAAUUCCAUGGAAACAGAAAAAUUAACAAUAACAGCAUUAUAUAACACAAUGAUCGAAUGGUUAUGUCGUCGAUAUCUAAAGGCUCAAAAUAUCCACUAUCAGAAAUUAUCUGAAAGGGAACUAUAUGAACGUUGUAAAACUGAGCUGACAUUUUUAGAAUGCCUUGCAUUUAUGGCUAUGGAUAGUAAUACUAUUAUUAUUCGACCAGAUCUAUUGAAGAGAGCAUUAGAUGAAGCGAACGUAUCUACAGAAAAUAAUCCAGACAUUCUCAAUAUAGGUAUUUUAAAAAGUUUCCACCAAAAAGGAAUUGGUACUCAAAUCGAAAUGGAAAAGGAUUAUUAUUUUGUACAUCUCAGCUUUCAGGAAUAUUUUGCAGCGCGGUAUCUGAUCAAUAUUCUACAUGAAUCUUAUGAUAACGCUACGGGCUUCGUUCGACGUCAAAAAUACAAUCAACGCUAUGCUUCAGUGUUCACCUUUGCCUCUGGUCUUCUCAGUAAAUCCAAUACAGAGGCACGAAUUAAUAUGUUUUGGAAUAAUAUUCUAGCAGAGCCAGUAGACCUUGUUGGAAUCAGGCAUAUGCGGCUUGUUAUUCCAUGCAUCGAAGAAACCGCUAGGCAGUUAAAUUUUACUCGACGCCCUGAUCUAUUAGAAUGGGUGGCUGGAUGUGUCAAAUGUAGUUUGUAUCAGGACAACGAAUUAAUCCGCAAAUCUUUCUCGCAAUUAUUACAAAAAGCUCCGUUGACAGUAUCCAACGAGAAAAUCACAAAUACAUUUAUUAAUAUACUGCAGAAAGGUGAUAGAAGUGCCAAACUGGAACUUUUAUCGUUAAUCUCUGAACUUAAACUUACAAGUUCGACAGCUGCGCUCGUUACUGAAGUGACUAAUGCGCUGAAUGACGAAGAUCACGAAAUCCGGAAACGUGCUUGUGAAGCUUUGGAAAGUUUUGGCAAGAAGACAUCAACGAAUGAGGUGAUCAAUAAACUAAUUAAUAAGUUGGAAGACCAGAAUGAGAAUGUUCGGUGGAGUGCAUAUUGUGCUCUCGAAAGUCUAGGUGAAGAAACAGCGACGGCUAGAACGAUGUCUACGUUACUUAGAGAAAUAGAAGAUUCCGAUGUAAAUGUUAGACAACGUGCUUGUGUAGUCUUCGGCAAUCUAGUUAAAAGAAGAGUGACGACUAAGGCAAUUUCUACAUUGGUGAAAGCAAUCGGAGAUCAGGAUAUAAACGUCAGAAGAAGUGCAUGUGAUGCUCUUAGCAGUCUAGGCAAGAAGAUAGCAAUAGACGAUGUGAUCUGUCAGUUAGUGAAUGCUUUAAAAGAUCAGCGGGAAGAUCUUAAAUGGAGAAUAUGUGUGAUACUUGCGAAAAUAGGUGAGAAGGCAGCAACGAACCAGGCAAUUACUCAACUCAUAAUAGCACUAGACGAUAAUGAUGUAAAUGUGAGAUGGCAUGCAUAUAAUACUCUUAUGGUUCUUAGCAAAAUAAUAACGACAGACGACUUAGUAACUCAGCUGAUGAAUGUAACAAGUAGUGGCACAAUCACAGAUGGAUAUGAUCGGGUGGAGUCUAAUUACCAGUUAUUCCGCAGAAUCUCAGCUUUUUAUAAUCAUAAACUGGUGAUAUCAUCGAGGUCAAAUAUAGUUCGACGCCGUCCAAUCACUACUCAUAUCCCGGUUACGCCACUAGUAUCGAAAAAUAAAACGAAUACUAAUAUACGGAAGCCAGUAACGACGAAUGAAGUCAUUUCGGCAGUGCUAAGUCAAUUGAAUAGCGAGAUCGAUCAUAGUAGAUGGAUGGCAUGUGUAACUCUAGCAAUAGUAGGCGAAAAGAUAGCAACGAAUCAUGUGAUUAAUCAGCUAUUGAUUACAUUAAGAGAUGAUAAUAUAAAUGUCAGAAGAAGUGCGUGUGAUGCACUUGGUAUUUUAUGCAAAAACACCCUCACAUCUGCAGUUUCUGCUGCAUUGGUUACUGCACUUGGGGAUCAAAAUAUCGACGUCAGACGUAGCGCCUGCAAUGCUCUAGGUGGUUUUAGUGUGAGCACGGCAACGAAUGGCGUGAUCUUCCAACUCGUAGCUGCACUCCAAGGUCAUAGAGCAUGUGUAAGAAUAAGCGCCUGUGCAGUUUUCGAAAAAUUGGGAGAAAAAGCCGCAACAAACGAAGUGAUUAGUCAUUUGAUAGACGUAUUUAAUAUGAGUGACUAUGGAUCUCAUCAUGCAGCUGAACGUGCUCUCAAUGGUAUUCUAACAUCAUCAACAAGAUUAUCUCAGUUAGAUCCUGAAAUCAUUUCCAGGCUUUGUUUGUGUCAACAGAAAUCAUCUUGUUUAAACAAUGUUUCUGUAGAAGAACUGCUAAAAAGCUUUUUUAUUACUGAAAAUAUUGAUUUGUUAAUUGCAAUUAUUCAUUCUGCAUUUCAUAAUGGCGUGGCAAUAACGGUUUUUGGAAAAAGCAUUAUGGUAAACGAUAAGAAAGAACCAUUGGUGCUGACUAUUCCAAGUGUUAAAUUGCGCCAGCAAAUACUUUCUGCUUUUGAAGAACAAUUGAAACGACGGCAUUUUCCAGGUCAAAUACGUGUAGAUGGAAAUACUCGACUUAAACAUGUUUUUAAACGUCUGGUUCGUCUAGUAUUACGUCAGCGUCCUGUGGACUCUAAUUGA